AUGGGUUCAGUUUCAAUUGAUUAUGAAACACGCGACGAUUGGACUGCAUAUAUAGAAAGAGUUGAACAGUAUUUCCUUGCGAACAAUGUAGCCGAUGAUAAAAGAGUUCCAGUAUUGUUGAUAGUAAUCGGAGGUAAGACGUAUAGUUUAUUGCGAACACUGACUUCUCCUGAUAAACCUUCGACAAAAUCAUUUGAUCAAAUAGUGGCAAGGGACAUUUGUCGCCCAAACCCUUACUGAUCGCAGAACGAUUUAGAUUUCAUAAAGGAUCAAAGAGACGAUGAAAAUAUUAAUACUUAUGUGGCUGAAAUAAGAAGUUAUCCGAACACUGUGAGUUUGGUACAGCGUUAAAUGACUCGUUAAGGGACAGAUUUGUUUUGGACUAUACAGUACAAUGAAUCUAUUCAGAAACGCUUACUUGUCGAAACCAGCCUUACGUUCGAGAAAGCGCUAAAACUUGCGGUUGCCAUGGAAACGGCCAUGAAAGAUUCACUUGAGUUGAGGGGGGAAGCCAAGACAAUACUUCCUGUGAACAGAAGCGAAAUUUGUAUGUGGUCGAAACAAAGGGGCCUGCCCUUUUUGGUCGAGACUGGCUAGGAAAGAUCACACUAGAUUGGAAAGCAAUCAACACAUUGGCAACCACACCACCAGGAAAUCCAUCAACCCGAUUACAAGAGAUCCUCGAAAAGUAUGGUGAUGUUUUUGAAGAAGAAAUUGGUCUGCUAAAGACUACCAAAGCAAAGCUGAACCUGAAAGAAAACAGCCAGCCAAAGUUCUGCAAAGCAAGACAAGUACCAUAUGCUCUGCGACCAAAAGUUGAGGUUGAGUUGACCAAGUUGCAGAAUGAUGGCAUCUUGACCAAAGUUGAUUGGAGUGAACGGGCAACCCCAGUUGUUCCAGUGAUAAAGAAGAAUGGCAAUGUUCGAUUGUGUGGUGAUUUCAAGCAAACCAUCAAUCCAGUCUUGCACGUUCAACAAUACCCUCUCCCACGGAUUGAUGCUAUUUUCGCCUCCCUCGGCGGUGGGCAAAAGUUCAGCAAGAUUGAUCUGUGA